UAUGUGUGUACUAUCUGUGUAUGUGUGUUGUGUUGUGUUGUGAGGAGGUUGAACAAGUGAGGUUCGGUUUUUAUAGAUGGGAGGGAAAAGAGGGAGGGCUUAGUUCAACCACUAUAACUGACUAUGUAGUCAGAGCCGAGUUGGCGGUGACCGGCCAAUAGAUAGCAGACACGUGUCGGGUCGAAAGGGAUUAGGAAGCGGUAGAUACAUGUCUGUUACCAAACAUAUGCACAAAGCCCAACUACUCUUCCAAGGUAGUUAUGUUCUGUAAUUGAGCAGAGCUUCUGAACAAAAGACUGCAAAACCUAAUCCACAUCCUUCUAACAUCUAUCUCUUCACUCACUAUUUUUCAGACAUGGAAUUUAUUAGAUUCUUCAAGAAUCCAUAUAUCUUACAUUCAAACAACCGAAUACACACAUAAAUUAGAUAUGCUAACCGAUAUAAACUAGUAGUGAAAAUGAUUUAAACUGAUAAACUGAUAGCUUUCUGAGAACUUUUUUUCCAUUUUUUUUCUUAUCAUGGUAAUGAUGGGGAAAAAAAAAAUCAACCAUACAAUUCAAUUUCAAGUCUCAUGAUCUUUCAACUGGGAAUGCUAAAAAAAAUGGCUCCAAAAUCUCGGAAUUGUGAAAGAGAAUGCUCAAAGGGAAAUUUUUUUCUCCAACAAAAUAAAAAAAAAAGUCUCAAACUUUAAUAUUUUAAUGUAUGAAAAGCAAAAUCUACUCUUAGUAACAAUUAGCAACCUUCAAAAAGAGACCUUUUUUUUUUUUGUAAAUCUUUAAAGUAGUUCACCCACCUAAGCCGACAUCAAGACCACCGAACCAAAAACAAACGUAAUCAAAAUGUUUCCAAAAGUCUCCGUGUCUAAACUAGUGGAAGUGAAACGUGUUUGAACAGAUUAAGUAUCACGAUUUCAUAGAAACUGUCGGAAAAGUAGGAGAGAGUUGGUCACCCGUAUUGAGCCACACCCUUCUCUUCGCCAUAUUUCCCGGCCUCACUUCCCUCGUUUAUAUAUAACCCUUUCGACUCUCAGAGACCAUAUUCCAUCAAACACAAUCACAAACAACCAAAUUUUCGGAAAACAUCCUAAAAACAUGAAGAUGGAGAUGGGUUUUGCGUUUCUUACGGUUUUGGCUGUGAUGUUGUUUUCGACGGCCUCUGCUCAGUCGUCGAGUUGCACCAAUGUGUUGAUCAGCAUGUCUCCAUGUCUCAACUACAUCACGGGAAACUCCUCGACCCCUUCUCAGCAAUGCUGCAGUCAGUUGGGUAACGUUGUCAGCUCUUCCCCUGAGUGUUUGUGUCAGGUCCUGAACGGCGGAGGCUCACAGCUCGGGAUCAAUGUUAACCAGACUCAGGCUCUGGGUUUGCCCCGAGCUUGCAAUGUUCAAACUCCUCCUGUCAGCAGCUGCAACGGAGGUUCUUCAGCUGGUUCUCCUGCAGGAUCACCAAACACUUCAGGAACAGAAAAUAGACCAGGAAAUGGAUCAAAAACUGUUCCAUCAGGGGAAGGAGGGAGUUCAUCAUCUGACGGAAGCUCUACCAAGCUCUCAUUCUCUCUUCUGGCGUUCCUGUCUGUGGCUUCCUGUGUUGCAAUCUUCUCAGCAUAAAGAUUUUCUCUCUACACGCUCCUCAAAGCUAUGAAGCUUUUUUCGUUACUACAUUUCAUUCUUUAUUUUCCGUUAUUGAUUCGUGAUGGAUUUUGAUUUCGUGGGAUGCAUUUUAUUCUCUAUAUACCCCUACUUUCAGGAUGAUAUUGGUUUUUAGUGAUGGAGAGCCUAUCAACUCUCUUCACCUUUUGCAAUAAAAGUUUCUUUCUGAGUA